AUGGUCGGACUGAACAACAGGGUCGUAUACUCUACAUUGGCAUUCUUUGUUCUUCUGGGAACAGUAUUCGACGUGCUAGAAAGGUUUAGGAAGAACGAGCCUCCUCUCCUGCGGAAGGACCAGAAGACAGGAUUCUGGGCGGACACGUUGAAGGCGUUUUCUGCCGUAAGAAACACGGAAUUGCUGCUCAAGGAAACACCACCCGAGCACGAGUGCCUCAAGUGCCUGAACGGGCUGCGCUUCUUCACCGCCCUGUGGGUGAUCUUGGGACACAGUUACAACAUACUGGACCCGCAUAUCCUCGGAAGAGGUCUUGGAAUCUUCGAGAUGACGCAUGAAUUUUUCUUUUGCAUUAUCGCGAACGCCUACCCCAGUGUUGAAACCUUCUUUGUUCUCAGUGGUUUCCUUCUAGUGUACCAGAUGUAUCCCAAGCUCAAGGACAUGCGUUCAAGGAUAAUAGUUUUCUUCACGGCUGAGAUAAGACGCUACAUCAGAUUGACCGUGCCGACGGCGUUUCUGCUGGGUGUGGUGUUCCUCUUGCCCUUGGUGGUGCGCGGCCCCGCUGCCGACCAGUGGUUGCCGGGCAAGGUCGCCAAGUGCUACCAGAGCUGGCCAGCCGUGCUCCUGCACUACAACAACUGGCUCACGCACGUCCGCAUUUGCUCCGGCCACCUGUGGUACAUAGCAUGUGACAUGCAGAUCUUCACCCUCGUGUCCAUCCUUUGCAUCCUACUCUCCAUAAACGGACGGCUGGGAAUCGCUGCCAUGGUGUCGGUGUCGAUCGGGUGCAACGCCUUCAUCGCCUACUUCACGCAUAAAGCACAGAUUGGGCCUUCGCGUGUCAGCUCGGGUGGCGACGUUUCGAAGAUGAUGCAAGCUCUUGACCUGGUCCAUCAACGACCCUACCCACACGUCGGAUCGUACGUCGUCGGAGCCCUGGCGGGAUUCGCUUUCCUCCGAUUCCGAAGCGUGCGCAUCGGCAGGAUGGCGCAGCUGACCAUGUGGUCCUUCUCGACGGCAGCCUGCGUGUACGGAGUGUUCGGCGCUUUCAAGUGGCAAAAAGGAGAACCCCCUACUGGCGCUGACGUGGUGCUGUACAACGGGCUUCACCGCACACUCUUCGCAGCGGGCAUCGGCUGGGUCCUGUACGCGUGCGCGUCGGGACAUGCGGGUCUGGUCAACCGUUUCCUUGCGUGGGAAGCUUUUGUGCCCCUUGGCCGGCUGACCUUCUCCGUCUACCUCGUUCAUAUUGCUGUGCUGGUCACUUCGCCUGGAAUGGCACGUGAGAGGAUCUACGUCGCACAUUGGUUUCUUGUUCGUGGCUUCCUGGGCAACGCCGUGCUCAGCUACCUGUUCGGCUGGGCCUUCUAUCUGGCCUGCGAGAAACCUUUCUCGAACAUCGAGAGCUCCUGCUUCAACCGCUUUGUCAACCGACGCAGUCGCGAGGAGCCACGCGCCGAUGAAUCAUGCUCAUCGUCUAUGGUAGUGCUCACCGCUAACCAGAGCAACGAGCUGCUCGACGAGACAUCGGCUGCGAACAAGUUGCGUUUAGCAGUGCUGCCUCCGUCUGGUGGUGUCGCCGCGGACUACGGUGGUUGCUUCCGAGACUCACGCUAAUCGGACCUGU